AUGAAGGAGAAGAGAUUUUCCUUCUCUCAGGGACUCCAACGAAGAAAAGAGAACAGAGCGGGAGGGCAAAACGGACAAUUCACUGUUCAAAAGUCAGCUCAAGGAAGCAGACCAUCUCUUAAGUGGGGGCAAAAUCAUCACUUCACUAUUCCUAAGCUACAGUCUAAGAACAGUGAAUCGUGA